CCUAAAUCGUAGGAAAGAAAUAUUUCGCUUUUCGGAUAUUUUAGAUUCCGCAUCACAAUCAUCCCAAUUGUCUCAAAGCCACCAAAAUGGUUACCUACGCCAUCUUAGGCAGUACCGGAAACUGCGGCACAGCGCUUAUCCAGAACCUUCUUUCGUCACCUCACAAUAGGAUCCAUGCCUAUUGCCGCAACCAAGCUAAACUGCACCAGUUACUCCCAGAAGUCGUCAACAAUGCACAAGUGCAGGUCUUUACGGGCAGCAUAUUAGACCUACCACUAAUCACCAAAUGCAUCCGAGGCAGCCAAGUAGUUUUCCUCGCGGUCACCACUAAUGACAACAUUCCUAGUUGCCGCCUUGGCCAAGACAGUGCCUUGACAGUCGUCAAGGCCUUGGAGAAUAUCAAAAAAGAGACCGGACCAGAGUUCAAGGCUCCAAAAUUGGUCUUGCUCAGCUCUGCCACAAUCGAUGACCACCUUGCUCGCCAUAUGCCCGGCUGGUUUCGUCCGGUAAUGCUUACAGCAGCCUCCCAUGUCUACAAAGAUCUGAGAAUUACGGAAUCUUUUUUACGAUCACAUGAAGACUGGAUUAAGACUAUCUACAUCAAGCCAGGUGGAUUGUCUCCAGAUGUUGCUCGUGGAUAUCAGCUAUCUCUAGAUGAGGAAGAGAGCUUCAUCAGUUAUUUAGAUCUUUCGGCCGCUAUGAUAGAAGCAGCGGAAAAUAUUGAGGGUAUUUAUGACGGAAAAAAUGUAUCGGUGGUCAACAAGACGCGAGGAGUGGGUGCUAGAUUCCCUCGUGGCACCCCGACGUGCAUUUUCAUGGGGUUGAUGAGACAUUACUUUCCUUGGAUGCAUUCAUAUUUACCAUCUACAGGUCCUGCUUAGACAUCCACAAUAUUAAAGAACUGAUAGCCUAGAUUGAAAUGCGCCACUUUGUACACUCUGAUAGAG